AUGGCUAGCGCUCAAUUCAAGCAAUGCUGGUAUAGCGAGUUCAUCAAUUAUGCAGAGGGGUUUGCAUACUUAUGCCUCAUUCCCGCUAUGAAAGUUCAAAGCUCAUCCACUGAUGACCGCUUGAGCGGGUACGUCCGACAACCGUUCAAUGUAUUCCGCUGCGCCUUUCCACUGCUCUCAGCUGAACGACAUCGCGCUUCAUGGUCUGAAGCUUCGCCUCUCCUUCUCUCUGCUCGAGGCAAGAAUAUCACGGUCUUGAUCAUCAUUGCACAUCUGCUUAAGCCCGUUUCGACAACCAUGAAACAUCAGCUUAUCUUUCCCCUCCUGCUCGCCGCCGUCGCAGCCGUACCAGCAACUCUCGAAGCAAGUCCAAAUACCUGCACUCCAGCCUGCGGAUCAAAGACAGCCGCUUGCUGCAGCGGAGAUGCACCAUUUGGCGGCGUGAUCGCAUUCGAGGUUCGUAGCAGCUCUGAUGUCGGCUUUCACCUUCUCACGGAUAUUGCAGUGCAUUUGCCGGAACCCUGGGAUGGUGUAUUGCUGUUUGACUUUCUUUGUAAGUUUGAUCUAGAGGAGUACUUCGGGAAACGCUUGUUAUGGUUAUGGGACCUUGAUUGUAGUGAAGGCAACGGAAUGAGGGGGAGUAUAGCCAUUGCAAUGACUUCUAAAAAAGUCCGGAAUAUCAUAUUAAGCGUCAUACGUCGUGGCGUUUCGAGCAACCUACCCGCUUCUCAGACCAUUGGGACCAACAAUUGGGAAAAGAUGAAGUGGCCUGAUCUGUUGAAGCCCGCGGCAAAACCAGAAGCCGAUUUUAUUAUUAGUGGCCGUGAAUCAAGAGUGAUUGCUAAGGCCGUCUCGCUGUAA